AUGUGUCCCGCGUGCGUGCAGAACAAGGAGCUAGCGCGGCUGAUAAAGCACCAGCAGGCGCAGUUCCACUCCGCGCUGCUCAUGCGCGGCAUGGUGGACGAGGGGCUGCUGCCGCGCCACCAGUACGCCGCCUUCACGCGCGAGCUGCUGGGAGACGUGCUCGCCAGCACCGCGCAUGACCAAUGGCCGCAGCUCACGCGCAGCAACCUCGUCUUUAUUCAGGACUUGUUCGAGUCGCACUGCAUCUCGCCAUCGGACUACCACGAGGCCAAGUUGGCGCUCAUCCACCACCUCGCAGCGCAGGGGGCGGACAUAGACGACACGGAUUUCUACCUGGGAUCGGCCGCCCCCAACGCGCCCUCCCUCCUGCGCAACAGCCGGCCGUCCCUUCACAGCCCUCCGCCCUCCGGCCCUCCUCCUUUCUCUCUCGGCGAAUCUCUGCGCCGCAGCGCCGGUUCUAAGGGCGCGCUGUUGCGCGCAAGCCGCAGCAAGGGUCAGUUUCGCAAGCCUCGGAAACAGCGAAGCGGGUCGGUGGCUGGCAGCGGGAGCGGCAACGGCAGUUGGGAGGACGCAGGCAGCAGCCAGGGGUCAGGGGGCUGUGGGGCGCGCGAGAUACCCGUACCCACUCUGCAACGUCAGUUCGACGAGGCGGCGCGGGAGGGGUUGGGGGCGGAGGAAGCGCACGGGUGGCCGGGAGCACAAGGUGAGGGGGACAGGCAGCAGGAGGGCGCAGGGGACGCGCGGCAUGAAGGCAACGGCCCGGCAGUAGGCGCUGAGCGUGGCGGUGACACGGAUCCCGCUGCGCAUGCCCCCCUCGUCUCGGAACCUCCAAGGCGGCCGCCGCCACAGCAGCAACAGCAGCAAAAACACCCGGAGCAGUACCAUGAGACGCAGCGAGAGCAGCAGGGGGCAGGGCGGGGGGAGCGGGAAUGGGAGGCGGAAGAAGCGGAGCAGGAGUACGUGGCGGUAGCGACGGAGGCGGACCUCACACCGGGCGCAACUCACUUCGCCCGACCGCACGCCGAUCCCCCCCGCACCCCUGCUCCCACCUUUCCGCCUCCGUCGCCCCCACCCAGCGUCCCCGCUGCUGCAGCGGAGGAAGCGGCCGUUGCCAAACAGAGGGAGCCGUUGUUUGGGGCUGCGGAGAGAGUGAAUGGGGGGGGGGCGCGCAAAGUGUAUGGUGCUCCCCAGGGUUUGGCGGAUGACACGUGGGGGCUUGGCUCUGGGGGCUUUCGCGACUCAUGGGGAGCCGCGCGCAACCGAGAGAGUGGACGAGGGGCGCAGGGUGGCGACGCGGGUGUGGCGACGUACGCUGUAGGAAGAGAGAAGCGGGAGAAUAAGGCGGCUUCAAGAGCAGCGCCUGCGCCUGCGCCUGCGACUACGGACCCACGUGUCCAACCGCAGGCGGAAGCAGGGACGAAGCGCGCAACAGGGGCGGCCGUGCACAAGUUCCGCCGACCCAUGGCGGCUGCCGCAGGCCCUCCGCCUGCUGCGGAGCAGACGCCGCUGCAGGCCAUGCUGGCGGCGGGGUGGCGCAUGUGGUCCGGUCGCGCGGAGAAAGGCGCGGUGCAAGGGGGGAAGGGGGCGGAGGCGGGUGAAGAGACGUGGGUAGAAGAGGUGGUGGUGGUGGAGGAGGUGGAUGCGGACGAGGAGGUCGGGCGGCCGGUGAGAGGCGCGAUGGCGAGUGGCGCAAGGCGACAGGAGCGCUCAGGGGAGACUAUGCGGGGCGACGCCGGGGGCGGAGGCAGAGCGGGAGGGGCGGGGAUGGGGACUGCGGGAGCGGCGAGGGAACGCAGUAGGCAGGAGUGUGGAACGAACGGUCAAACCGCGCAAGAGGCGGCGGGCACGCGGUGGGUUCACGACACAGCUCCAGCGGGACGUGCGCACUUGGACGCACGCGGGGGAGAGGGGGACGAGAUCCGCGCGGAAGUGCGCGGGGAGAGGCAGGAGCAUGCAGCGCAAUGGGAGACGGGGGGCAGGAGAAAGGAGAGCGGGGAACCAGAAGAGGGGAGUGUUGGGGAGGGUUUCACAGACGCGAAGACAGCCAACACGCCAGCGACGUGGAUGGCGAGCGCGCUGUCCGAGGGCGAGAACCCCGUGUCUGAAGGCGGCUCCGCGCGAGUCGACCUCUUCGCCGCCGGCCGCUUUCAACGCCAGGCGGCGCGCGGAGUGGUGCAGGCUCUCAGGCUCGGGGACGCGGAGCCGAGGGGGGGCAGGGGGAAAGCGGAGACGGUAGAGGAGAUCGCGGAAGAAAGAGCAACGGAGGAAGACUACGACGCGGCGGCGAGUGGCGAUGGCGGGAAGGCGGCGGCGGGGGAGAGCCCGCCUGCAGCCGCCCCCUUGACAGCGCCGCGAGCCGUCAGCUUCAGGCGGCCAGGCGGCGUCACUCGGCCCGCCGACCUCGAAACGCCCCCGGGAAAACGCCCCCCGCCCCAGCCCUACCCGUGGGCGGGGAAGCGCGCGGACGAGGAGGGCUUGGUGGGCGGGCCGAGCGGACGGCUGUCCCGCGUGGAGGAGAGGAGGUCGUGCGGGGAGGGCAGCGAGUGGUGCGCGGAGGAAGGCGAACGACCACGCGCACCUCAACCUCCCGCCGCGGAGAGGAUGGCGCAGGAGCCUGAGCUCGUGACGCCCGGGGCGGAGGUCGAGCGGACGGGCUUGGGCAAGGGAAGCCGCCGUCGCCCGGGCGAGCCCCGCACUGGCGGAACCAUUUUCCGCGGCAUCAUGCGGAAGAUCUCGGCGCGUGAUCUGGGCGCAGCGGCGGCCGCAGCCGUGGCGAAGGUGGACUUCACUCCGCUCGCCACCGCCGCGCGCCUGCCCAGCUUUGCGCGCACCAUGAGCCGCGGAAAGGGCGCAAGCAGCCGCGCAGCGGCGGCGGGGGGGGUGCUGAUGCCGCCGCGCAAGCUGCAGAUUGAUGGGCUGAAGAAAUCCCGCGAAGGCGCUGGAAGGCGGUCGCGUGACCCCAGCCGGCGCAGUCGCGCGGCGAUGCGACGGUCGGCGCGGUCGAGCAGCAGCAUGGCGAUGGCGAUAGGCGACGACUACGACGACGAUGACGUGUCGUUCUGGGCCGGCGGGGAGAGACGCUCGCGCGUGCUGCGAGUGCGGGGCGAUGAGGAUUUGGUGCACGCGGAAGUAGAGGGGGAGGAGGAGGAGGAGGAGGAGGAGGAGGAGGAGGAGGAGGCUGACGAAGAAGAAUACGAGGAAGAAGAGGAAGACGGGGAUGAGGGGGAGGAGGAGCAACGCGAGGCGACGCCAGGAGUGGCGUGGUCGGUGAACGUUCCCGCAGCCAAGGCGCGCCGCAGGGCGAGCGCGCGGAAGCCGCGGGAGGAGGUCACUCUGGCGGGGCUGCGCGGACGCGGGGAGCAGGACUAUGAGACGUUGCCUGCGGCGUCAGGGGCAAUGGCGGCGGAGAGUGCGGCGGGGGGAGAGGACGAGGAGGUUGGGGACGGAGAAUCAGCAAUGGCAGCAGCAGCAGCAGCGAUUGGCUUAUCGCCUGCGCUGUCGAGCGUGGUGGGGAUGGCUGGCAGGGCAGACGCGGGGACGGGGAGAGGAGGGGGUGACGGGAGAGGAGUGCGAGGCAUGGGCGGAAGGGGAAGGGAACGGGGAAGCGGCAGUGCAGGAGGCGCGAGGCGAGGGGUGCAGAGGAGCAGCAGUAGCACGAGUGAGAGCAGCAGCAGCAUUGAGAGCGAGGGCGAGGGCAGCGGACACGCAUGGCGGAGGAGGAGCACGAGAGGGGCCGGGAGCAGCAGCAGCAGCAGGGGUGGCAGUGGCAGCGGGAGCAGGGGCGGGGGCAGCAGUGGUGGCAGUGGUGGGAGUGGGAGGAGCAGCGGGGCCAGCGGGGGAGUGGUGGUGGUGGAGGGGGAGAACCGGCGCAGCGUGGACGCGUUGGAGCUCAAGAAGAAGCUCAGCGGCUGGGUCGCCUCCUCUGGUGUCGCUGCCAUCGAUAAAGUGCGCCACUCAUGCUGCCACUUGCGCACAUGCACACAUGCCUCUACCCCACGCAAGUCCGUGCAUCCACCUGCCUUCUCCUUGCACCACCCCUGCUGCUACGUGUCCCUUUUCCCGGCUCCAUCCCACCAUGACCUCUUCCUUCCUCCCCUCCACCCACCCACCAGGCCCUGUGACGAUGAGAUGACGGCACUGGCCAUGCGCAUGCCUGCUGACAGAGCAGAGCUCCUCAAGUUCUUCCCACAGCGGUGGGUGGAGCUGUUCGGAGUGGUGGUGCUGGACGUGGUGCAGAAGGAGGUCAGCCGCCAUGUCGCCCCGCUCAAGGACCCUCCUCCACCACCCGCUGCCGCCAGUGCCCACCCUCAUCCCCACGCGCAUGCCCACCCACAUGCCCAGGCGCCAGUGCAAGCCCACGUGCACAUGCAGGUGCAUGCUGAUGCACCCCCAUGCGCCCCCGGGCAUGGCCAUGGGAGUGGGGCGAUGGCGACAGCAGGGGGUGCAGGGCGAGGUGUGGGGGUUGGCAGUGGGGGUGAUGGCGCGGAUGAGGCUCAUGCACGCCCUCGCACGCAUGACGCUGCUGCUGUGCGCCACAAGCCAGCAGCUGCCAUGGGAGGAGAGGCAAGAGCAGCAGGCAGUGGUGGUGGGGGUGCGAGUGGGGUGCAGUUUCAUGGUCAUGCAGGCCCGUCCAGACACUACCGCCCACCAUCCCCCGAUCAUGCUGCCGCUGCUGCUGCUGCUGCUGCUGCCGCUGCGAGCGGUGCAAGUGGUGGUAGCAGGACUACCCCUCAGCCCCUUGAGUGUGCUGCUCCGGAGCGCGCACUGUACAAGCAGCCGUGCGCGCCACCAAUAGCAGCAGCAGCAGCAGCAACACGGCCAGGGUCGGGCGGCACGAAGACAGCUCAGCGCCCCCAGCACUACCGACGGCCGUCCCUUGCGCCCCCUGAUCGCUUCUCCCCGACCAUGGCCCCCCCUGUUGCUGCACUGCCAGUGGGGGCGCGGGAGGAACAGGGGCAUGCACGUGGUGGCGGUGUGGCAGAGGCAGGGGCGGCACGCAGCGUGGCAGGGAGCAGGGCGAGCGGCAGCAGCGGAAUGGGAUAUGGGGGGGCGGCGCAACCCCUGGGAGAACGGUGUGUUAAUGUAGGCCAGGGAGUGGGGCGAGCGAGCUAUGGCAGCCUGGAUGGGAGCAUGAGGGAGGCGUGCGAGGGCAGCAGGGACGGUGGUAAGUGGAAGGUGUGGGGCCAUGGGGGAACGGAGCGAGAGGGCGCGGGGGGAUUUGAGGAGAGAGAGAGUGUGGUGGCACCUGUGCUGGACAGUCUAGACAACCCGCUGCUCAACUCCAUUGCCCCUGCUGCUGCAGCAGGCAAGGAGAACGUGGGUGCGUUUGCAGCAGGGAAGGCAGGUGGAGCGGGUGGAGCAGCAGGUGCAGGGAUGCCAGGCGUAGGACCGACAGCAGCAAGAGUGGGAGGAGCAGGAAGAGGGCCCAUGAUGGGUGACAGGCCCCCGCCCACCUUCACAGGCAGAAAACCCCGUGCCCCUGCACCUCCUGCUGCUGCUGCUGCUGCACCCUCCGCUGCACUGCCCAGCCCACCAGUGGGCACUGCCAGGAAGCCUGGCACACCCGCAGUGCGUGCCACUCCGAUUGCUGCUCCCACUGCUGCCGUGGGCAGGGCAGCAGGCAGUGGUGCCAAGGAGAGUGCAGCGGGCGAGGAGGGUGGGGAGGAGCGUGACAUUGGGAGGGGCAGGGAGCAAGUGGUGUCACAGCGACAGGUGGAGACAGCAGCAGCAAGCAGAGGGCCAAGAGAAGCAGCAGCAAGAGGAGGAGGAGCAGCAGCAGCAGUGAGAGGGUCGGCAGGGGUCAGUGGUGGUGCAGGUGUGCAGAUGUCAGGGCAUGCAGGCAGCGCGGGGCACAGGAGGAGUGAUGACAGGAGUGGGCAGGGGCACAGCCAUGAUGAGACAGCCGGCACGGCCGGCAGGGUACGGGAGCAGGAGAGGGUGGGGAACGUGAGGGCGUUGAGUGGCAGCGGUGGCAGCUUCAGGCAGCGCGCUGCAGCAGCUGCUGUGGCCGCCAUUGCUGCUGCCAACCCCCCUGGGCAUGCAGGCGUGCGUGGCAGCAGAGGAGACGCGCAGGCAGUGGGGCAAGCUGGCACCAACGAGUGCGAGCGAGAGGAGAAGGGCAGCAGCACGGCUGAUAGUUGUGGUGGUGCUGUCGGUGGUGACAGUCAAGCGAGGACGGCAGAGGGCUCGGUUCUGGAAAGAGGAGCAGGAGGAGGGGAACAGGGCGGGGCAGCAGUGGGAGGAACAGAGGGAGGAGGCGCAGUGGAUGGGGCAGCAGGCGCGGCUGCGAGGGCAGCAGUGCAGCGCAAGCCACGGCCAGCCACGUGGAGCAAGGGCACCAUGGCAGCGGCUGCUGGGCCGCGCCGCACUCCGCGGCCAUUCAACAUGGGCACCGCGGGGCGUGCGGGCACCAUGGCACAGGCGCAUGCACAGAUGCUGCUGGCACACGGCAGUGGCUCGCACGGCAGUGGGGCCAGGCCGGGGACCAGGGGCGCUCCCGGCAGUGGGGGGGCAGGCGGGAGCAGGGGAGGGUUGCCGCAGCAUGUGGGGCAGCAGGAGGCGGGGCAGAGGGGGGCAGCGGCGCAAGGAGGGGGGGAGGCGGGGAAGGUGGAGGGGGUGGUGGGGGGAGGGUCGGGUCCCAUGGCAACGCCAGCAUCGGUGCUGCGGCCCAAGGCUCUGGCGUUUGGCACAGGGGGUCCAGCGGGGGCGCCAGGGGGGGCCCAGUACGGGGGCUCCAUGGGGCGGCGCGCAGGGCUGAAGGCCAUGAGCGGGUUCAGAGCACCGCUCAGAACGCCCGCUGCUGCUCCCGGCAGCCAUGGCAGCGGUGGUGGCACUGUGGGGAGAGAGAUGUGA